UCGCCGAGCAGCAGCGGCGGCCCCAGCCCGGCUCCCACGCCCUCCCCAGCCGGGUGGCGGGCGGCAGCGCCAUGCAGCCUCCACCUCCUCCUCGCCGGCUCUGAGUCCAUGCCAUGCUGCUGCCGCCGCUCCUGCCGGCGCUGCUGGCCGCCUGCCUGCCCCCCUGCCAGGGCUGGAGCCCCGCCGCGGCCGGCGGGGGCCAGGAGGAGCCGGAGCUCUUGCUGCCCCCCAUCAACUCCUCCUCGCGCUCCCUGGCCAGCCUGGAGCGGGACCUGCGCGGGGUGGGCGGGCAGGCUGAGGCGGGCAGCCCCAGCCAGGAGCCGCCUCCGGGCGCCGCCGGCCAGCAGCCGCCCCAGCCCCCCGAGGAGGCGCCCUGCAACAUCAGCGUGCAGCGGCAGAUGCUGAGCUCGCUGCUGGUGCGCUGGAGCCGCCCGCUGGGCAUCCCGUGCGACCUGCUGCUCUUCUCCACCAACGGCCACGGGCGGGCCCUCUUCUCCGCCGCCUUCCACCGCGUGGGGCCGCCGCUGCUCAUCGAGCACCUGGGGCUGGCGGCGGGGGGAGCCCAGCAGGAUCUGCGCCUCUGCGUGGGCUGCAGCUGGGUGCGGGGGCGCCGGGUCGGGCGGCUCCGGGCAGCGGCCGCCGCCUCCUCCUCCUCCUCGCUGUCCGAGCCCGGCCAGUACUGGCUGCAGGGGGAGCCGCUGAAUUUCUGCUGCCUGGAUUUCAGCCUGGAGGAGCUGAAGGGGGAGCCGGGCUGGCGGCUGAACCGCAAGCCCAUCGAGUCCACCCUGGUGGCUUGUUUCAUGACUCUCGUCAUCAUCGUGUGGAGCGUGGCCGCCCUCAUCUGGCCGGUGCCCAUCAUCGCCGGCUUCCUGCCCAACGGCAUGGAGCAGAGGAGAAGCACUGCGGGCGCCACCGCCGCUGGCAAAUAACCCCCCUCCCACCCCGGCUGGGGCCGCCCUCCUCCGUUUGCUGGGCGAUCCGCUCCCGCGGGGCUCCCGAGACUGGGGCGGACGCUGGUGGACUCGCUUCCCCUCCCCGCGCGCUCUUUGUAAACGCUUAACCCGGGGUUGUUGUUGGUGGUGUGUGUGUGUGUAGCACUUUAAAGCCUUGCCCAAGUUUCUUGGUGUCCAAUGCAGGCGAGUGUGGCGGUCGGGGAUAGGGUGACCAGACAGCAAGUGUGAAAAAUCGGGACAGGGGGUGGGGGGUAAUAGGAGCCUAUAUAAGAAAAAGACCCAAAAUUUGGGACUGUCCCUAUAAAAUCAGGACAUCUGGUCACCCUAGUCGGGGGUUGUCUGGGACCUCACGGUUUCUCUGCAAUGAAUCCUUUGCGGAGCAUUGCUCCCUCCCCAGUAGUCAAAGGGAUUUGAUUUUAUUUUCAUGUGCCCAAGAUUCAUAGCAGAAAACGACCAAAUCCUGUGUAUUUGUUUUCUAUAUUUAAUAGGCGUUUUAAAUGGACGUUUUAGUAAAAAAAAAUAAAAAAUAAUAAUUAAAAAAAAAAACCCGAAAAACCCUAUUCAAUUGCAGUUGUUUUAGUCAGAGUAGCUAUUUGUAUAUGAACAAAUUUGUCGUAGCAGUUUUAUUUACAUCAGACGAAUCUUUUCUGGCAGGAUUUAAAACUGAUAUAUUGUUAUUGCUGAAACUGAACUUUAAUGAAACUUUUACAAUGUAUUUCCCAUUUCAGAUAAUGUGUAUUUAAUAUUGUAGUUCUGCGUUACUUGGCUUUUAAUACAGAGAUUUUCUUUCUGGAAGUCAUGCUUAGCCUUCUGUUGCUCUGUUUCUCCCAGGAUGGGAAAGAAGGGUUCUGCAAAAUUCCCAGUUCUCCUAGCUGAUGGUGAAGACCAUCAAUAGAAAUGAGGGUCUGUUACGUGUGUUAUUAGAGGAAAUGGAUUGAUGGUCACCCAAAAGCUUUUUCUACAGUAUUUGCCCUUCUUUCAGAAUACAAAUAAUGGGAUUCUGCUUCCAUUGGAAUUAAUCUUCAAAACUUCCACUCACUUCAGGAUAAGAAUCAGUGGUCUAGAUCCUUAAGUGGAGUUCACCAGCAUAGCUGCAUUAACUUCUAUGGAGCUGUGCCCAUUUACACGUUCCUUGGGGUCUGUUGACUUCAACAGAGCUAGACAAGUACCUACCAUCUGAGGAUCUGGCCCACUAUUUGUACUGUAUCCAAACCAGUUGGAAAACAACUCUCUGUGACUCCGACAAAGUGCAUGGCUCAAAGCAAGCUCAAAUACACUUGCAGAAGGAAUUGUAAUAUAGUACUUCUUUGUGACUAUUCGUCUUAAAGGGGUACGGUCAGGUUGUUUAACCCCAAAUUUAGGGGUUGGGUAGGGAAGGCAUUAUAAACCUAGAAUCGGAUUUUGACUGGCCCCCUGUUUAAAGGGAGAGAGAGGCUGUAAGAAACCUCCUUUCUUGUGUCCCCUACACAGUGGUCAGCCACAACUGAUGUCUCUGAAAUUUCACAUGCCUGAAAAGCUCAGUGUAAAUUAAGGAAUGAUUUUGUUUGAACUUUUUAGCUCUAUAAGGGACCAUAUCCUCUUUGCAUUAGCCAAAUGAAUUGUCCAGCUGAAGUCAAUGAGACCAGUUGUGGGAAUAAAGCGAACAAGACUUGUGAUAAGAUUUCUAACUUU